GUUUCCGGGUUACGGAGCAAAUGGCGGCUCUCACGCCCCAGGCGUGCCAGUGAGUUGAAGAAGCGUGGGGGACAUAAGGUACAUAAGCUGAGCUCUCUGGAAAAGAGGGAUAAUGACGGAAAGGAGGGUGGCCUAAGGAGAGGGGGCCGAGUCCGGGUAAGCUGGGGAUUGAGAAAUACGGCAAGGUGGGUUGCACGUGUAGAACUAGCGUGGCUGUGUGAGUGCCUUGCGGGUUCGCCGCCGGAGUGCUUGCUGUGACGCGCCUCCGCUCUUCUGUUUGCAGGAUCUCUCACAGAAGACAUGGAAGGGGGGCUGUGUGGCUUGAUUUAACUUCCGUGCAGAAAAUUGAAUAGUCUGUAACCCUAGAAAUCAGGGUGUGGGGUGAUCAUACCGCUUCCCACCCUCAAACUCUGUUUUGCUAAGGGGUUGGGGGACGGUGGAGUGUGAAGUAUGGAGUAUGGACGACCGUCAGGACCCCACUUUUUCCCCACUAAAGCCAUUCAUCCCGUUUUUGUAAUUUUUUUUUUAAAUAUUGAAAGCUGCUUUAUGGACAUAAAGGCAGAGUGAAAAUAGUGCUCUUAUCUGCCUCAGCUUCCACUUUGUGCCUUCUGAGCUAUAUAAAAAUGUUUAUAUUUUAAAACUAGUAAAAGAUUGCUAGAUUUUUCUGAAUGUAUGUGGGGGAAAUGAUUAAAAUACUGGUAUGGUUAUGAAGCAAAGUCAUUUAGAAUAGUGCAUAUUGUUCAUAUUGUUUGUGAAAUGCUCUUUUUAGUUUGUCAUAUUUUAAAAUACAAAGUUUCUGGGUUUAUAAUAGCUACACAACAGCCAGAAAUCAACAGGUGAGUUUUUUUCUUGGCUGAGAGAUAGAAUCAUAGACUUGGAAGAGGACCCAAUCAUAGAGUUGGAAGGGACCCUGAGGAUCAUCUAGUCCAACCCCUGGGAUGCACCCAUGCAGGGAUCAAACCUGUGACCUUGGUGUUAUUGGCACCACGCUCUAACCAACUGAGCUAAUGGUAGAAAAAACUAUUUAUUGAUCUCCACUUAUGUAGGCAUUGAAUACAGUGGUACCUCAGGUUAAGUACUUAAUUUGUUCCGGAGGUCCGUACUUAACCUGAAACUGUUCUUAACCUGAAGCACCACUUUAGCUAAUGGGGCCUCCUGCUGCUGCCGCGCCGCCGGAGCACACUUUCUGUUCUCAUCCUGAAGCAAAGUACUUAACCCGAGGUACUAUUUCUGGGUUAGCGGAGUCUGUAACCUGAAGCAUAUGUAACCUGAGGUACCACUGUACUUAGGAUCUUGGUUCAUGAAAUAACUCUUUGUUACUUAAGAACAAAGGAAGGACUAGCUUAUUUUUGCAUCUCUACCAGUAGACAUUCAGUUUGAGGAGGUGUGGUACAGUGUUUGCACAUCAUAGAUUAACAAUAUUUAUGAGCUCUUGGUGUCCUGAUACUCUCAUGAGUGUUGUCUUGUUUUAGAGAAUGAAUCAUCUUCAAAAGCACAACAAUUAUUUUAUUCCUGUUAUUUUAAAGUCUGUCCUCAUUCUUUGCAUAUAAGAAAAUGUUUGUGUUGGUUUUGCCCUUUUGAACACAAUUUGUAUAUGCAAAUAACUUUGUUGCUUCCAUUGCAGAAAGAUAACCAUGUCAUCUGUAGAAGAGAAUUUCCCUCGAGGUGGCCCACAAAGGAAAAGUCAAGAAGAAAAAGCGGCCAGACAGUCAGCAGUAGAGCAGGAUAAUUUAUUCAAAGUAUGCAAACUGUGAACAUAUUAAGUUGCCUUCUACUAAGUCAGAUCAUAGGUUCAUCUUGUCGCUUAUUAUUGCCUAUUCUGCUUGGUAGCAAUUCUCUAACUGCUUACAGAGGUGUUUCUCAAACCCUCUUUCCUGUAGCAAUUUUAACUGGAGUUGCCAAGGAUUCAGCCCAGAUUCUUCAGCAUUCAAUGCGUAUGCUUUAUCACUGUGCUAUAGACCCAGAUUGAUGCACUGACAUUGUUCUUAACACAAUAAGUGGUUCUGGGAACUCUUCAGGAUAGAAGAGAAAUGCCUGUGCUGUAUAAACAAGUUUCCUGCCGAUUAAACUGUAGCUUCUGAUUUUAGCUCAUUUCAAUAAGCCAGAAUUUGGCCUGGUUUGGGCAUAGCAACAAAUUGUGGUUAGUUUAGUUUAAACUCGGAAGUGAAUGCUUCAAAAUUCUUCCUUUGAUGUGUGCCAGAGGAAGAGAGAGGAGGUGGAGGACUUCAGCCUCAAUUUUGAGCUCACUUGCUUCCAUAACACUAAACUGGGUUAGUGCAGGAACUUGUCGAUCUCAAGAUGUUGUUGGUCUCCAACUCCCACCAGCCCUAGUUAUCAUGGCCAUUGGUUAGAAAUGAUGGAAGUUGUAAUCCAGCAAUAUCGGGAAGGUAACAGCAUCUCCAUUCUUGUUUAACUUUAGAUCUGUACAGCUCCUUUGAGUUUCAGACCAGGCCUUCCUUAAGAUUAAACUCUUAAACGUGCUUUCCUGCAGGUUACGUUCAUGGGUCCCUUUGCAGCUCUAAAACUAAACUAUUGUUUUAGGGAAGCAACUGUCUUUUCAAAAUCUUGAAAUGUCUUUCUUUUUUUUAACUGUCUUAGACGCAACAUGAAGAAGUGACCAAGAAAAGAAAGAAAAACCAUCAAGAUGAAACAAAGCCAAAGAAACUCAAGAUUGAGAAGAAGGCCGUUGUAAAAAUCGGUGUUAAACAUUUUGAAUUUCUAACAGUUGAGGUUGGUCUAUAAUUUGUAUUAUGGCUUAUUUUCACACUGUGGCAAAUAACUACACAAUAAUAAGUAGUACCACUUCAAAUAGUAGCAUAUGAGACAGGAGUAGAUUGUACAUCAUUGUGGUAUUGAGAGAUAAUUCAUAGCAUGCAGAAGGCAGUGGUGUAAUUUUCCCCUUCCGCUUUUCUUUGGAUUUUUUUAGGUCUUGUUAAAAAGGGGACUUACAGCUUUUAUUAACAUUAUACCUUUUUCCCCUGUGGGGGACAGUCUAGUUGUGUAGAACACAGGAGAAAAAAGUGAUUCUGAAAGUUGCUUAUUACCUGUCCUUGUUUUUUAAACAGUCCCUCACUGCAGGGGUACUGCUCUUAGGAUGCGUGAAAGAGUCUAAUCAGUUUGAGCUGGUGAUCAGCUUGCCCAAUGGGCUCACUGGAUUUGUGCAAGUGACACGUAUAAGUGAUGCCUACAAUGAGAUGCUGAAUGAACAGGUGGCUACAGAUGAGCACUUAGAGGUAAGACAAGGUGUGUGUGUGUUACGUAGUUGUUUGGUGGGUUCUGCAAGUACCACCAAGCAGCAGGUUUCUUCUGUUCAGGGCAUUCUCUUGCCUCCUCUGUUUCCUGCUCUGUCCUGAAGAGGUCUACAUUGUAGAAGACCAUUUAGAGCUGCCUUUACAACACCUGACUCGCUUUGGUGCCAAGAUGGGGAACUUGAGGCCAUCCAGAUGUUGUUAGCCAUCCCCAACAGCUACAGCUAGAGUUGAUGUGAGUUGUAGUCCAACAUCAGGAGUGCCCUGCUUAGUGUUUUGCACACUGCAAGAAUGGGAGGAUGUGCAUUGAAAUUAAUAUCUUUGGAACUGAAUAAAAACGAAAGAAGGUAGACCUUUUUUUAAAAGCACUUCUAGAUUUUGAUUGACACAUCCCAUUCCAGUCUGGAACAACAUAUGCUGUGGUGUUUGCCCAUUCUUUGGGGAUAUGUUUGUAUUGAGGGAGAGAAAGGGUUAAUAGGUUGACCGAUAAGAAAGUCCGGAGGCAGAGCCUACCUGAUUUUGAGGCUCAGCCCAGAGGUUUUGACAGUUAGUUCGCUUGGUUCUUUUUUUGGGCGGGGGGGAUAGAGGAGUCAGAGACGGGGACAAGACUGCGAGGCAAUAGAGUGACAGCGUUUCGAAUAUAUUUUAAAACUUGUUUGUGUUUGAAAUAAACUUUAAUCUUCAUUGUUAACUCUACCUGACUGAAACUCAAUACUUCACCGGGGAACCCUGGGUUUCCUCCCCACAAAAUUGGUGGCAGUGGAAGAAUAAAGUAGUGGUGUACAGGUCAAUAGUCCGUGAAAUGACCGGGGGCUCUGUACGAACGCCACAAAAUUGGUGGCAGAGGUGGGAUGAAUACAUCGUGAGGGGAAAGGUAAAUCUGGGAAUGAUUACCUUAUCCUGGGUGUGAAGACAUAUUGGUGUAGUUGUGGAAAAACCCAGUGUAUGAGGCGAAGCCAACGUAAUAAAUUGAAAAGAGAACUUGAAGCUAUUCUGGCAGAGGUUUUAGACUUGUGGUUGGGUGAAGGGAUCUUGCAGGGUCGGUGUGGAGACCCAGUGCAGGAUUUUGGGGCCAGAGUCUAAAAGGGAACCUAGCCAGAGGGAAUAGCAGUGAGAAAAAUUUCUUAUCUGACUCUGUUUUGCUGUCAAAUCACACUUGACAUGCCACCCAAAAAGCCAAGAAAUCCUGUUAGGGAAACAACAUAUGAAAAAUCUGAAGGAGAGGGAAAUGGGAAUCCUCAGGGAGAAGGGUAGAAUUUAGAGGAAAUAUUAGAAAUUCCCUCUGGCUAGUUCCCUUUUAGACUCUGGCCCCGAAGUCCUGCAUUGAGUCUCCACACAGCCAGUAACAUGAAUUUCUUUUGGCUUGCCAUCUGUAUUUUGGAGGAAAUAAGCUUUGAAUAGUUAAAUGGCUGUAUCGCAACCCCUUCAGUAAUCAACAUCCUCCGUAGCAUGUUCAAAAAUUCAGUUGUAUUGCUUACAGCAGAACAUUUUGUUUGGCCAAAGUUUCAGAGUCAGUGACUAGAUAUUGCUGUUGCUGUUUUGAUAUGUUUCUUAUUUUAGUCUUUAUCCAUUAAACUAUCUUUUUGCAGGAUCUGAAUUCUCUCUCAGAUCUCUUUACCCCAGGAAUGCUGGUCAGAUGUGCUGUGGUUGGUGUGGAGAAGACUACUACAGGUCGUCAGAGUAUACAGCUAACAAUCAACCCCAAAGAUGUCAACAAGGCUUUGAAUGCUGCCACUCUGAGACCAGGCAUGGUAUGAAACAUAUGAAUUAUCUGUUUACGCCUGCCUUUUCAAAAUUAUGUCAUGUUGCUUACAAAAAAUAAAAUAUAAUAAAGCAAAAUAAAAAGCACAAAACUACAACAAUUAAUAACACUUUAGCAGAUAAAUAGCUUUGAAAUGUAAAGCAACAAUUGAAAGAAGCAGUAAUAAAAACUCAGUGUGAUGAAUUAAGAUGUCUGGAUAAAUAAAAAUGCCUUUACUUGGUGCCAGAAAGUCAUCCAUGUAGGUGCCAGGUAUACAUGGAAAAGAACCUCUCUGGUAUCAUCACAUACCCUAACCUCAGUAGCUGGGGAACCUGGCAAUGGGCAUCAUCAGAUGAGCUCAAAACAUAUCAUCUGUUAAUUUUUUGUGAUUUGAUAUGGGAAAAUGUUCUUGUGCCUUUUAUAAGAAUGCAGGGAAUAGAAUUUCAGCAGGUGCAGAUAUCUUGUCCUAAUAUUGCUGUGAAGGGUAUAGGUCUCAUUUGUGGAAGCCCAAAGUCCUGUUUCUUUUCAGGGAAACUUGAGUGCUUGAGGAGGGAGGAACAACAACAAGGAGUCUGAUAAAAUUUCCUUUAAGCUUACACUUCUUCUCCAAACAGCUGCUCUCUGGCUGCAUCUCUAGUGUGGAAGAUCACGGCUACCUUAUUGACAUAGGCAUCCGAGCAACAAAAGCAUUUAUUCCUCGUCAGAAAGCCAAGGCCUACCUGCAGUCAGCCAACAAAGGUAUAACUAUACUUAGGACUACUGGGUUUAAGGCAGGGGGAGAAGCAAAUGGGUGGUUUAGAGAACUGUAAAAUCUUAGAUUUGGGAGUUACCAGAGGCAGAAUUUACUGCCCAAUGUUUGUGUGUGUGUGUGUGUGUGUGUGUGUGAGUGCUUGAGAGAGAGAGAUUCUUGAGUACAUAUCAUUGUACACUUACUUAUAAGCUGCCAGCUGUUGCCUGGCUUCUCUUGUUUAGGAAGCUUUUUAUGCAAGGUGGAGUAUUUCAGUCUAGGAUGAAAAGCCUUUUAAUGUGAUGAACAUGUGAAAGGAUUUCAGAAGUAGCUGGUGCCAGGAAAUAAUGGCCAUAGUGAUAGAAAGGUAAUGUCAAAGCUUUGCUGAUAAGUGAUGAUAGUUGCAUGUGUUGGUCUCUUAGGGACUGAGCUGAAGAUAGGCCAAUACUUCAACUGCCUUAUUGAAGAAGUAAAGAAUGGUGGGCGGAUAAUCCGCAUGGCCAUUGAUCAGUCGGAGGUUGCUGCAGCUAUUGCCACAGAAGAACAAAACUGGUCCCUUGGCAAUUUGCUACCUGGGCUGGUGGUGAAAGCCCAGAUUCAGGAGGUAAGCUGUUUUUUACGAAUUAAUGUACUAAUCUUAUUUUAUUCUCUCUUGGAAAAGUACAGUGAAAUUAAUAAAUUCUCUAACACAUCUGCAUUUUAAACAGAAGAUGCAUCCGCUUUUUCACAACUUUGAAUUGUUCCAGUCUGACUACUGAGGUUGGUUAAAAUAUAAGGAUAAUUGCAAAUGUAGAGGCUUUUUGUUGGAAACAUCUAUGACCCUGUGUCUGAACCAUAUGAGGUUUUUGGUUUGUUUUUUCUUCUAGCUUAACCUAGAUUUUUAAAAAUCUCUAUAGGGUGAUAUUCAACAUUAGCCCUACCCCAUUGAAGUUAAUGGACAUGACUUAGGUUCAUUAAUUUCAAUGUGUCUACUCUGAGAAGGACUUGGUUGAUUACCACCCUAAAAUGUUAUUAAAUCUAGUGAUUUACAGCACUAGAAGACAUAAUUUGGAGCCGCUAGCAAAAGAAUAAUUAAUAUUGUAUACGUAUAAGAAUAUAAUACAUAUAAACCAUAAAACACAUUUACAUUUCAUGACAGCCACAUUAGAACUCAAUAUUCAUUUAAUAUUCAGAUCUGUCAGAGAAAUUCUGUUUAAUUUUACAUCUUGCAGCGCAAUUUUUGUUUCCUUUUGAAAAUUUCCAGGUGACUCCUUUUGGAAUUUCUCUCAGUUUUCUGUCUUCCUUCUCUGGACUUGUGGACUACAUGCAUAUGACUUCUACAAAAACAAGAAACUACUCACCAGGUCAGACGGUAAGUGAUUUUAUAGCAAGGCUUAAAUUGUGUUAAGGUGGUGCUGCAGGACUUGGUUAAGAUAUGAAUUGAACAAGUGCAUCUCUCUAUGGUUUCGCCAUAGUCAUGGAGGCUAGAAUGUUUAAGAGAAGUAAAGUACCAUUCUCAGCACAUUCCCUAUUUUUCCUACAAACUUAACAUCUCCCCCCCCCCCCUUUGUGUUUUCCCCUCCAGGUGAAAGCAUGCAUUCUCUUCAACAAUCCUACCUCCAAGGCAAUACGUCUAUCUCUGCGCCCAGUUUUCCUCCAGCCUGGCACUCAACUUGGCAAGCUGUCUAGUGAUCAGAUUGGCAGGGUAGUUCCAGACUCCACAGUUGAGACCUUUCUCAAAAAGACUGGUGCCAUCUUCAAGCUGGAUGGUGGCUGCCUAGCUUUUGCACAUGUAAGUAACUCGAUGCUGAUUGCACCUUGUAGGAAGGUAGACCCUUUCAACCAUCAUGGCUGAUGUUUGGAGAGCAGUACAUCAGCAUUUUGCCCGUUUCCGAUUCAAUACAUAGAUGUGUCUUGGCAUCUGUUUGUGAAUGUGUUAUAUGAUGUCUUAAUUUGUCCUGGAGAAGAGCCCAGAGUCUGAAGGUAGCAAAGAGCUUUUCUAGAUUCCUUUGUUGUUUGCUCACCCUUGUUAGAUGCAAUCAUAACCUCUGUGGUUACAUUGUGAUCAUAACCUCUGUUGUCACAUUGUAAUUCAUAUUGGAAGGUAGAAUCAGAUAGAUGCAGAAACUAGGCUUUGCUUUGCUUUCUAGAUUACAGCAGGGUUAAUCUUAAACUAGAAAACUGUCUGGAUUUAUAAUUUAAUCUUCAUUUUCUGCACUAUCUUUAUACCUCUUUCAGAUAAAACAUCUUUCAGAUACUGCCAAAUCUUUCAAACCUGCAGCAUUCAAGCCUGGAAGCAAACAUAAAUGCCGAAUUAUUGAGUACAGCCCAAUGGAUGAUGUGGUGGUGGUGUCUCUCAAACAGUAAGCUUUGGAGUGCAAUUUGAGUGAACCAAUCUGUGACGUGUCUUUAUAUACUCAUGUUUCAAGCAUAUCUCCAUGUCUUAAAUUCUAUGCAUAGAUGGAACUUCCUUAUGCCUAACAGAUAAUCAGUACAUUUCAGUUGGGACAUAAGUCCCAUUGCUUUCAGAACAACUGAGAUGGCUACAUUAUGCACACCUGUGCAGUGGAUUGCAUUUGCACAUUUUAAAAAUUGGUUCCAUAGGUAUCCAAACUUUCUGCCUUCAGGUGAUGUUUUGCUACUUAAGUUACAAAUGAAAUUCUGUUGAGGUCCUUUCUAGCAUCUGAUGAAUUUCUGUCCAGGCACAGCCAUUAACCCACCCCAUGUACACCAAGACCACACCAAGGCUAGAUCAUGGCACACAAUGUGAAUGAUAUUUAGCCCAAUGAUAUCCUACCUCAUUUAGAUCAUAUAUACCAAGUUUCAUACUGACAGCACAGAUAUAAAGAGAGCCAGUAUGGUAUACAGUGGCAGGACAGGAACGUAGGAGACCAGGGUUCAUAUCUCCACUUGGUCAUGAAGCUCACUUGGUGACCUGUUUAGAAGGGCAGGAGGAAGAAUUGGAGGUGGGGGAGAAUCAGUUCUCUUUACUCUUUCAUCUGUUUCUCUUCCACCACACAGAUCAAUUUUCACUUCCCUUCUUUUUGUUUGCAGACACAUUAUUGAGGCUCCAUUCCUGAGAUACCAUGAUAUUCAUCCUGGACAGGUGGUGGAAGUAAGUUCAAGGAGAGAAAAAAAUGUCCUUGGAAUCUUGUUUAUCUUGCUGAACAAACCUGAGGCGAGGGCUUUGGUCCAAUUUUGUCCUUGUGUGCUAACUUGUGUGCUUAAUGCAUCUUUGAACCUAAAUCCUGCUGUGUGACAUUAAUGGAACACUAUUAAUUUCACUGUAGCCUAGCAAAGCCGUUGCAUUAGUUGUACAGAAAUCAGUCUGGUUUCUGCUACAUUUCACAAAGUUACGUGCAGUGGAUUUGCCUAUCUUUUAGUCUGUGUAAUCAUGCUUUGUUUAGAUACUUAUAUGCUGAUUUUUAGGCAAACCUUGCCAGGCAGUCUACAUAAAAAGAUUUAAAUAAUGAGCAUCAAUUAAACUGUAUGAUAAAACAAUAAACAUGAGCUUCAAGGGGAAAUGUAAUUAUUGAAAGCUAGAUCUCUCUUCCCUUCAAAAUGGUUCUUAAGUAACACUGUAGUAGCAGCUGAGGUGAGAGGGACACUUAGGGGCUGGGGUAGCCAAUGUGAUGCCCUCCAGAUGGCUGCCCAAUUUAUAUCCCAACCUUCCCCCCAAAUGAGUUGUUGGACUGCAGCUCCCAUCACCUCUGACUGUUUGUCACGCUGGCUGAGGCUGAUGGGAGUUGGAGUCAAACAUUUGGAAUGCCCCACAUUCACUACCUCAAAGUUAGAUGGAGGGCAUCUCCUCUUUCUGUACUAGUUUUUCUUGUUUUCUGAUCCCUCGUUCUUUUGGACUUUAGGGCACGGUGUUAGCUCUGAAGCCCUUUGGCAUGCAAGUAAAGGUGACUGAGCACAUCAAGGGCCUGGUUCCCCAACUGCAUCUGGCAGAUGUGCUUCUGAAACAGCCAGAGAAGAAAUACAGUGUGGGAAGCACUGUCCGGUGUCGGGUAAGAACUCUCUGUAAGGGACCGCUUUGCCCUGAUUUAUCGAUUUCUCUAGCAAGGAGAGACCAAGGGGGCUUUCUCCAUGCAAUAAUCUGCCUUUAUAAUGAGAGCUGCUGUGGUUCUGUGGGUAACAUUAGGUUGGAUGUGCAAAACCUAGGUUCAGAAUCCCUCUCAGCCAUUGUGUUUACUGUGUUAUCCUUGGAUUAGUUACUAUCUCUCAAUCUAGUUUAUGCAGAGUUGUAGUGAAUCUAAAAUGGGGACAAUGACAUGUGUUCUUAAUUUCUAAUAUUUCUAUUUUACCUACUCAGAAGUCAGGCUCGCUGAGUUCUGUGGGACUUGCUGGCAGGUGUGUAGGAUUACAGCCCCACAGGAUGAGAUGUAGACAGUGUUUCCGUCUAGGCAGGAGUUUGCGGCAGAAUUCUGGGGCCCCACUCAGCAAAAUGAGCAGGAGAGGCCCCCAAUUCAGUUAAGCUGGCUUGCUACGUAUUUAACAAAGUGAAGUAAUAAACAUUACCAAUUAAAGAGAGGAUCCCACAGUAGGACCUUUAAGAGUCUAAAAUUACAAUCCUUUCUUCCUUUGCACUGACUUCAGCACUGACGUCCUUGACUUUAGCACAGACUGCAAGCCCUGCUUUUGGUAGGCAACUUCUGAGUGCAACUUCUUCCAGCAGGGCUUGAAGUCUGCACCAAUCAGAUGAUUGCUGCUAACUUUAGAAGGGAUUGGCUCCACUUGGUAUUUUAAAGGUGCUGAAUGCAAGCCCUGCUUGCCUCGGAACAGCUGAGAGCACACUUUAAGGCUCUGAAUUACUCCUUUACAAAUAUGUCUUUACCCUUCCCACAUCUGAUAUCAUCUGACAUCAAGUGUUGGGCAGGUGGGUGUGCCUUGGGAAAAUGACAUUGUCAGCCACAUUAGGACCCAUGUAGUGGCCUAUUUAGCUUGCAGAUCAGAGAUUCCCCAUGCUUAUUUUGAAUAGUUAAAGAAGUGUUAUUUAGGUCCUGUUACAGGAUGAGCUCUGUCUCUGACAGCUACCUCCUAACCUUUUGUAGCCCUUAUUUUUCUAAGCUGAUGGGUUGUACAAGCUGUAUUAGGACUGAUCCCGUGAGUUCCAAGCUGACAUUUUGGACAUUCCUUCAUUUUGGUUCAAUUGUAGUUUCCUGCCAGUUGGCAUACAUAAUUCCAGUUUCUUCUUCUCCUCCAGGUGCUUUCCUGCAAUCCUGAAGCAAGGAAACUCGCUCUGACGCUUAAGAGAACACUUGUCAAUUCCAAACUCCCUGCCCUUUCCAGUUACGAAGAUGCAAAGCCAGGCUUGAUCACCCAUGGUUUUGUUGCCUGUGCUAGGGAGUUUGGCUGCAUUGUGAAAUUCUACAACGACAUAAAGGGCCUUGUCCCCAAAAAUGAGCUCGGCGGGGCACCUUCAAUUGUUCCUCAAGAAACAUUUUACGCAGGCCAGGUAAAAGCUGGGUAAAAGUAAAAAAGUCUGAUUGUCCUUGAUAUAAUUUUUUUAGUUAAUAGCUGUGCACAUUUGCAUAACAGAUUUGCAUAACAUCUUUAAUGCACAUACAUUUGUUUAGUGAUAGAACAUGAAUGGCAGAUUAUUGUUACUGAAUUCGCAGGACCCUUGAUAUGCUUAUGUAGUAGGACAUAGCAAUGGUCUCUCUUCCUCUCUCGAAAAACAUUUAAAUAAAAGUUUUUGAACUACUAGUAAAAUGACUUACAUUUGUUACUUUAACACAGAGAGAUGCAUAAAGCCAGUGGAAAGUUACAGAACAGUAGAGGGAUAUCUGGGGACACAUUCAGGUGGUCCUGUUUUUGAAGUGUGAGAGUGAACAUGCCUGCAAUAUGAAGAUUCUUUUGUUUUGCCAAUCAGGUGGUCAAAGUGAUUGUCUUAAAAUGUGAGCCUGAGCAGGAGAGACUGCUGCUGUCAUUCAAGCUGACAAAUGAAGCACAAGCUGAGGAUGGUGGAGAAAAAAAGACUUCAAAGAAGCGAGAAGUAACAUACGAAACCGGACGGGUAAUUUAUUCUAAAAGAUGUCCCUUCCCUUUCCCUGUUGACAUUCCCCUGAGGAUGCUAGGAGCAAAGACAGGAAUUUAUGAUAUUUCUAACUUGGGUUUUAUUUCAUACAAAAUGAUCAGAUUAUCAGAUCAUAUAUCUUAAGAAGGACUGUGCUAUGGGGUCCCAAUUAUAGUACUACUUCAUGCAAACAUGGAGCAUUUCUGUUGGAUUUAAACCAUUUAUUCUAACUUGAAGUGUUCUGCACAUCAGAAUAAAUGCUCGAUCUGGUUGGUCUAGAUUUAAAUUUAAACAUAAAUUAUUAUCUUCACUUAGAACUCCCCUCCCGUGUUCAUCAGUAUACCAACACUUUAUAUUGUUUCAUUGAUAAUCUAAGUAAAAAUGACUAUUGCACUUACUUAAUCUAAGCACAACCAGAAGGGCAGCUGAUUAGGCAUUUAGCGAUGCGAUGAUGAAUGUUAUCUGUCAACUAUAUUCUAUCCUGUUCCCCACCUCCUUUUAAAAAAGAAAUUCACAAACCAAGAACUUAUACAAUGACCAUUAAUAAUGAACUAUUUGUUAUAGAUAUCGCUGCAGAUUUAUUAUGCUAUUUUUGUUAUAUUCAAAGAAGAACUGGUUUAUUUAUUUAUAUUGAUUAUUAUUCCUAUGAUCCUUGUUUAUAAAACCCAAUAAAAAGUUAUUACAAAAAAUAAAAAAUGCUCCUAGACUUUAACUUUGAUUGUUGAGAUUAUUUCUUUCUUUUAUCUUUUAAGUUGCUUGCAUUUUGAGAAACCUUGUUAUCCUGGGAAUAUUGCAUUUUAGGUGGUGGUCUUCCACGUAUUAAAAAAGUGUUGCCUUUUUUCUCUUGCUCAGAUUGUUGAUGUAAAAAUUCUGAGGAAAAAAGAAGAUGGCCUUGAAGUUACAAUCUUGCCGGACAAUGUUUUUGCCUACCUUUCCACAAAUCAUCUCUCUGACUAUGUGUCUAAUAGCAAGUUGUGGUGGUCCUGCCUUAAAGCAGAUGAUAUUCUCCACAGAGUGUUAUGCCUCCAUGACAAGGGAGGUCAUGUUGUAUCCUUGUAAAGUCCAGCCAAGCUUGGUGAAAUCAUUUAGCCAUUUUAUGUUGUACAACAGCAUUAACUUGCAUUGCAUUGCAUUGCAUAUAUUGUCUCUCAGACAAGUGACCUUCAAAGAUUCUGUGUCAGUUUUACCUCUCUGUGUCUAUGCAGUCUGAAGGAAAGAAAUUGUCUUAGAAGAUUUUUUAGUUGGAGGGAGAGUAGAGGUGAGCAAAGGUUUUUGUAGCCUUUAUUAUCUUCACCACCUUGGUUUUUGGAUGAAGCAAUUAUUCCCUUUGCUUUCUUCAGUUUUUUUUUUUUUAAAUGGCUGCCUGCGAGUUGGGAUGCCGUGGAAUCUUGUUGCUGACAGAACGUUUUAUUCCCCCCCCCUGCAGAAUCUGAAUGGAAUCAGGAGGUUGGUUGCAACAUGAUCUUACUUUUUGGCACAAUUAUGUCCUACAUCCCCUGUGUUAUAACAGUCUGCCUACCUCCCCCUUUAUGUUGAUAGGCUUUGGUGAAAUGCUUGUUUUGUGGCUGCCAAAUAAAACCAAACUACCAGUACGCUUCUUCUCCCCAAUUUUAUUCCUUGACCCAUUGUUUAGACCCUGAGCAGAAAGCCAUCGGUUAUUUCAGCAAUUGAGGAGGAACGGGUGGUGAAGAGCUUUUCAGACAUCCAGCCUGGAUUGCUGCUGACUGGCUUUGUGAGAAACGUCAUGCCUUAUGGUGUGUUUGUGGAGUUUCCAUAUGGUCUGACAGGGCUGGCACCCAAGUCGGUAAGGCAUGUUGCAUUGUCCCUACUAAAAUAGGUUUAUUCGCAGAUGUUGGGGAAGAGGUGCUUUCUAGUUGAAAUAAUCUCUUAGGCUGCACUACUCAAGGAUAAAAAUUCCUGCUGAGAGGAGUUCUCUAGAUGGAUUUGGAAGUAAGGGCACAAAAUAAUAGGAAUUUCCUGCUUGCAAGUGGUGUGAGAGAAGCUGUUUCCUAGUGGUAUGUUUUGAAAUGCAGGCACUCAAGAUGGUCCCCAUCCAUAGGCAAAGGUAAAGGAUCCCUUGGAUGGUUAAGUCCAGUCAAAGGUGACUACGGGGUACAGCGCUCAUCUCGCUUCAGGCCGAGGGAGCCUGCAUUGCUCCGCAGACAGCUUUCCGGGUCAUGUGACCAGCAUGACUAAACCGCUUCUGGCACAACCAUCCAUAGCCAUGCCCCCAAAGAGCAUUCAAGCACUUGUGCUGAUCCAUAUAUACACUUGUCGCAUUCCCCAAAGAGCAGUAGUACAUGGCACAAUUCCCAAUUUAUUAGCAUCAGCUGACUGUCAAAGAAUAGAGGUUUAUAGAACAAAUUCGACUUUUAAAACACAUUGAACGUUAUCCAAAGAUCUUCAGCUAGCUGAAAAUGCAACCUUUGGUCUUUACUUAGAAAGGCAAACAAUCUAGCGAUGAAAUGUUAAUUAGACUGCUAGCAUGAGUAGCUAAUAGAGCUGUCUCUAACUCAGCCUAGGUAAAAGGUUUCUUGUCUGGAACUGUUUUGAUUGCAUUCCUUCCUUUCUGGAAGUCUUGAGGCUGGUGGUGUUGAUAGCUCUCUUGCAAAGGCACUCUUAAGGAACAGUAUUAAUUGGUUCUUAUCUCCUAAUUGCUAUAGGCAAUGAGUGACAAGUUUGUGACAGACACCAAAGACCAUUAUGUGGUAGGUCAGACUGUAGUUGCCAAAGUGACCAGCAUUGACGAGGAGAAGCAACGCAUCCUGCUGUCCCUGAAGGUGUCUGAGUGCUCCUCCGAGGAUUCUGUUUCUGAGAGCUUCUGUUUACUGCACAAAUACUUUAAGGAGCUGCAGGAGAUCAAGAGUAUCACGAGUGGAAGAGGUAAAGGCUGUCAUGUUGAUAAAAGAUGGCCCAUGGAAACCUUGUGUUGGCCACAUACACACAGUGGAUGCAUGUGAGCGUCCUGAUUUUGGGGCACAAGCUUGGAGCACCUUUUCUCAACAUUUUGUCUGAAAUCAGGAGGCCUAGGAACUUUUCAAACUUUUAUUUAAAGAGAGGUUCAAAGAUUCAGUUUCAGGUAAAACAUCUAGUCACUCGGGGUGGUUUUCUGCUAUAUGUGAUUGCCAAGUGGGUUUUGCUUAACUUGCAGUUGGAGAAAGAUUACAUUUCUUUGACUGGCACUUUGUUUCUGGGUGACUGGCUCAUUUGCUAUGAGCUUAAAAGACCCCAUUUUUUCCUUCCAUUUUCAUAUUGACUUAAAGAUACAGCAAGAAAGUUACUUUCAGGCACCAGAGCAUAAUUCCUCAAAAUAAGGGAAUCCACUCAUUUUUAAUAGUUAAUCCUUCUUAUACUUACUCUGACUUUCUAUAGUUCAGCGAUGAAACAUCAAGCUGCAAAUGGGACUUUGUUCUUUCUUUAUCCUCAGAUGAUGUCGGUGUGGUUCAAAAAGUCUGUGAAUUAAAACCUGGGCAGAAGCUGAUGCUGACGGCUCGCAAAGUCAACACUGAUGGUUCAGCACUAUUUGAUAGCACCUCUGUUUCUGGCUUGACUAUAAUGGCUACUCAUAGUCACCUUGGAGGUAGAACAUACUUUGUGGUCUUUUCCCCCCUUGUCUGCUUUGUCCUGAUGUACUAUAUUUUGCUCUUUGGGUUGGAAAAAAAUAAUUGAUUGCAAAGCGUGGAGUCUUUUUUAACAGUCUUAGCAGCAGAAAUGUAUCUGAGACCUGAGUGAAUUCUUAGUUUUUCUCUUGACUCAGCUAUCAGUGAUGUAAUGUAAAUAAAUAGUGUCUCUUACUGAAGUACUGAAAUGCAGUUGCUUCAUUUUGCCCUAGUUAUAUCAAGCAAUAAUCUUAUGGUGCGUGUUUGUUUGUUUUUAAAGGCAAAAAUAUUGUCCAGGGUGAAAAAACAAGAGCUGUGGUUCUCUGCCUUGAUUCCCUAGAAUCAAAGGUCUAUGUGUCGCUUAGAGAGGAGUUGCUGUCCCCCAAGCCUAAGAAGGUAUGAUUAGCCUGAAUUGGCUUUUAUGCUGGAUACUAACCUGUGUAGCUGGUUAAUAACAGAGUCAUAGAAGAGAGGUUCAUAGAAUACCAUAGAGAUGAGCAACAUAUGAAGAGAUUUCAAUGGAAUAACUAAGCCAGGCGGGGUUGACCCACCCGCCAGAGAGCUGUUUUUGCUUCCUAGUCAAAUUUUUCUGCCUCCAGCAGCAGCAAAGAGAAAGUCAAAGUAGACACAGUGUGGGGAGGAGAGAUAUCUGUGUGCAUCCUGUGUGUCUGUACAAGAGUGAUCUACAGCCAUGAUUACCACUUGCAUAUGGCCCCUGGAGGACUGGGCAAAGGUGAAUGCAGUCCUUGGGACCAAAACAAUUGGUUAGCUUAUAUUCAAAUGUCAAGGGGCCAUAAUGAGGAGGAGGGAGCAGCUUUCCCUUCCUGUGUCCUAGAAGGAAUAACUGGGUUUAAGCUGCAACUUCUUCAAUAUUAUUUGAUCCUUAGGAAAAACUGAUCACCUGUUAGGCACACAUCUGAGAAAACCCCAGGGAGUGUUGGCAUUUUCUGCUUUUGCCUAAGAAUUCAGCUGGGGCCUAAAAACGAAAAAAUGUUGUGUCCUGAGAAUUUCCUGGAAAUUCCCUGGAAAGUGCAUUGCUGGAGUUUUUCUGAUGAGGGUAAAACAUCUGUCAGGAAUGCUUUUAAAUAAUCGAUUUAAGCCUUGGGCCAAAAUGGCUGCUGAAGUCUGUACCAGGUUUUGUGUGUGUGAGAGUGAGUGACUUUCUCUGGAUGUUAUUUCUGUGUUUUUCAGUUAAAACAGAACUCUCAGCACCAAGCCAUCGUGCAGCAUGUGGCUACAGAGCAUGCAGUUGUUUCAUUGGUAGGAAAUGGUCAGCUGGUUGCCAUACCUGUGGCUUCCCACUUCAAUGACACUUUCCGCUUUGAUUCUGAAAAACUGAAAGUGGGACAGUCGGUCCUAGUGGUUCUGAAAACUCUCCAGCCAGGUGACUGUGGGCUCUUACUUGCUGUUCAAGAUCAGAAGAAGAGAAAGGCUGUAAUCAGGUCACGGCGUGAAUCUGAAACACUUGGGGAAACCUCAGCCAUUGUGAAUCACUCGCUGUGCUUGGGAGAUGUGGUCAAAGGAACUGUCAAGUCAAUCAAGCCUACUCAUGUCCUAGUGGCAAUUAAUGAUCAGCUGAUCGGCUCCAUUCAUGCAUCCCAGAUCCUGGAUAAAGUUUCCAUAGGCACCUUUCCAACAUCAGUGCUAAGAGUUGGGCAGCAGUUGACUGCUCGGGUGAUUGGGGGCAAAGACAUUAAAAAUCACAGGUAAGAUCCCCCCAAGCUUCUGAGUGCCUUUUCUGAGUUUUAGCCAAUUAUUAAAUUUUAGUUCAAUGUUCUAGCAGGCACAGAACUUUCCAGAUCUGUGUCCUAAGUGCAAGUGUUGUCCUCAUGCAUUUAUUGCCCUGUUACUAAUUUUCAGUCCAAGUCAGGGAAUUAAAGCAUAGUCACUUGGCUCUCUUCCUACCUGGAUAUAGACCCAUUUCCAUCUACAGCUGACGAGGAGGCAACUUGCAAUUCUCUGUUGGAGAGAGGUUACCCAGAGUGGGUUUUCUCCUCCCACUCACUCUAGAAGCAGGACUUAUGCAAAUUAAGGAAACACUCACUUUUGUGUGGAAAAGACUCCUUCCAGUUUUAGUCCUGCAUGCUCAGAGAGUGAUUAUUUCCCCCACUAGAGCAGAUAAAGAGGGAACUUUGAAAAACUAUCAAAUGCUGAAGGGCCACUUACAACUGGAGUAAGGAUGAUGUGCUAAUCUGCUCUUAAUUUUUAGGUAUUUGCCCAUCACCCAUCCCCAUUUUACCCGUACCUGCCCAGAGCUCAGCAUCCGACCAAGGUAAGAUAGCCUUUAGAUACUUUGUUUGAUGAGGUUUUACAACAUGUUAAAUGCUAACAGAUACACCUAUCCAAGCGUCUCCUGGUCUGAAUGUUAGUCAGUGACAGAGUAGGGGUUCUCUACAUAAAAUUCUGCAUCUUGGAACAUAUUGCACAAAUAUGUUAGACAAUUUGCUUAAUUUUAAUGAUUCUGGCAUUUAAUAAUAAUAAUAAUAAUAAUAAUAAUAAUAAUAAUAAUAUAAAUUAAAUAAAUAAAUAAACCCCACCCAUCCAGCUGGGUUUCCCCAGCACUCUAGGUGGCUCCCAACAGAUUAAAAGCCGAAUAAAACAUUCAAAUCUUGAAGACAAAAGAAGUUCUUGGUGGGUGCUAGGAUUGUAGUAUACAUUGAGGGGAGGCAGCCUGGAGUUUUACAGAUAGGAAAUAUUGGAUUGGUUGGCAAAUGCUUGGACCUAGAAAUAUUGGAAGGGAGCAGGGAGUGGAUCUCAAGCUGUUCGCCCUCUAAGGAUACAUGGAUCUAUAGAGACUGCCUAGAACAUGUCUGGUGAUCAAGCUAUUUUAGAAUGAUGGCUUUAAUUUUAAGUUGCUCCUCUUUUUUCCAGAUAAGAUAGUAGGCAGUUCCCACCACUUUCCCCUCUCUAUCUUCAACCCCCCAACCAUAUCCCACACCAUUCCCAAGGGUCCUCCAAUGCCCACAAGCAAUUUCCUUGGGGUGGGAGUUCAUUGAGCUGCAGUAGGAGACAUGCAAAAACUUGUUCUGUGAACUCUCUUUUACUCAGAGCCAAUUCAUUUUAAAUCAUGGGAAAUGUCUGUAGAUCUCCAGCAUCCUUGUUGAGAAUUUACCAGUCCUGUAAUAGACAUCCUGGUAUGUGUCUUGUGCACUAUGUCCCUUGCUUUUGAUUGCCAACCUAAAAUUGGGAGUCCUGUAUUCUACAUGAGCUUGGAUAGGAGAUACUUUGAUCAGGGACAGGGGAAAUAAUGACAUGUCAAAGCAAAGAAGCUAAGGGCAUAACUGGUGUGUGUGUGUGUGCGCUAUUGGGCUGUUGUUUUUAUUUUUAUUAUGUAUUUUGUGAUUUUAUAUCUUGAUUUUAUUCUGUGAACCGCCCUGGGACCCCUGGGUAUAGGGCGGUAUAUAAAUUCAAUAAAUAAAUAUAAAUAAAUAAAUCUCCACUUACAAUCAGUGAGCUGUCUGGAGAAAGCAAAACUGCCCUGGGUCCAGAAGAUGGCAAUCCGGAAGAAAUACUGAAACCCUUUAAGCCUGGGCAGACGGUGACAUGCUUUGUUAAGAAGGUGAGGCCUAAGACUUCUCUACCUUUGCGUGGCAAGGGUUUUCCCCUCCCCCUUCAUUUUAAAAAGUUGGGCCAGUCUUCACUGUAGAUUUGGGAAGCAUGACAUGCUUCAGAAUACUAUGGGUUGAUGCAAUUUCCCAAUGGGGUAUAGUGUCCAAAAUGUGUGGUUGUAUGUGUGUCCAUAAGCUCUUGUUUCACUUGGCUUGGGGGGGUUGAUGUGGAAAUUCUGGAAUAAUUUAUAGGAUCUAUUACCAGGGAAUGCAUGGUAAAAACUGGACUCUCUUUUCUAGUGAAGAGUUUUUUUAUUUUCUCCUGUUUGCUUCUAUUCUUAGUACGCUGCAGCAAAUAAAUGGCUGGAGGUGGAGGUCACCCCUAACAUUAGAGGGAGAGUUCAACAGCUGCUACUUUCCCUUCGACCCACGGUAAGUAAUUGCCAAGGAAUGAAGGGCACAGGACUCUUGCAGGAAGCUACGCUCAAUAACAUGAAAAUCUGCAGUAAAGAAACAGAAGCAUUAAAAUGUUAGAAAUGUGUUGUUCUGGCUAUUACCAGAGACACAGCCAUGUUAGUCAAACAAAGUCUGAUAGCAUUUUUUAAAAGGCUAACCAAUUUAUUAUGACAUAACCUCUAUAUGCCAUAAUAAAUUUGUUAGUCUUUACAAAGCCAAAAGGAUACAUCCUUGGGAUUGUUAUUUUUUGUCCAAGUUAAGCUUUAAGAAUUCUACAGCCACAUAAAAGCCUAUUUACAUAGUCAAUAGCAGUCACAGCAAGGGUUGCUUCUUUCAGGAUAAGAGGAGUACAAGGCUUUUUUUGUUCAGAUUUUCACUGGAAAGGUGUAGGAAAUGUUCUGGUCUCUCUCAGGGCAUUUCCCAAAUAAGUACACAAUUUGAAACCUUAACUAUUUCAAAAUGGUUUUUAUGAAGAGCUAAACACUAGCCCAGUUUCCCCCCCCCCAUGCAUCACCACUGUGGGGAAUUCUUCACAGGCACAAUUAAGUGGUUGGAUGAUGGUAAUGAUCAGGUCAUUCUCUCACAACAGGUCUUAAAACACGCAGGGAAACACUUCAGAAAUGGACAAGCUUUGGCUGCGACGGUGACCGGCUCUGAUGUCACUGAAACUAAGCUCCACCUGUCACUUACAGGUAUGAUGAGAAGAGAGUGCCACAACAUUAAGAUCCCAGAAAGAGACAGCCAAUGACGGUCACCCUCCAUCUAGUCAUCAGAGGCUUAUAAACCCAAUUCUAUAUGCUCACAAUAACUCUGAUCCUGUAGUUCCUUGUAUGUGAAAAGCUUCAGAUGUGUCAUGGAAUUCUUGAGCAUGAAAGGGCUUUCCAUUUACUCCAGUGUUGUCUCUCUCUCACACACACAGCCCCAUGUUCUUAUCCACAUUGUACGCAUGUAAAUACCUCUGUGGCAUUGGAGCUCCAUACACGUUAAUAUGCUUGCAGAAAGCGGGGCCAGGAUGUAUGCCAGUCAAAGUGAAUGGAUGAGUAAUCAUUUUGUAGCUCUUGAUGAUGAUGCCUUUAGUAGUAGGGGCUUGUUUACGUCAUGAAAGUGGCACAACUAGAGGAUGAGCAACCAAAUGCUGAGCAGUGGCUGUUGGUCAUAGGACUUACCUUUAUACCAAGUCAGACCAACUGUCCAUUUAGCUCAGCAUCGUCUACAUGGACUGGCAGUGGCUCUCCAGGGUUUCAGGCAGCUGUACCUAAUGAUGCCAGAACUUGAACCUGAGACCGUCUGUGUGCAAAGCACUUGUUCUCUGCCACUGAACUACAACCCUUCCCAUGUUGGUUGGGAGCUACCUCCAGCGCUGGAGACAGUAUUCCUCCAGUUCCCAGCUGCUGGGAGAAACAAGCAAGAGAAUGUUGUUGUAUUCAUAUCCUGCUUGCAAGCUUCCCUUAGGCACCUGGCUCACCACUGUGGGGAAUGGGAUACUGGACUACAUAGAGGCUUUCAUCUGAUCUGACAAGGCUGCUCUUCUUGUUCUGUUUUUGUCUCUCCUGUUGUGGUUCUGACAAAGUUUGAAAGACAGUGUUUAUGUGCAAGGCAGCGAGAGUAUAUUUCCUUGUUACUAUUAGAAGUUGAAUUAUAGUCCUUCCCUGUGUGCCAGUAAAGUUCCUGGUGCAAUUUGUACUAGGGACUGGAUUAGGUCCUCCGUAUGUGGGAAUUGAUCGUAGAUGCACUUGGGGUUCAGGAUCCAGCCUGACAACCUUUAAGUGUACUGUAUAAGUAGGCCAUAGGGGAGUGGGGUAUUAUAAUAUCUGACUUGAUCUCUUUGAACCUCCUCACCCCUGAACAGGAGUUUACUCUCUGGAGAAAGGAACCAUCACGCUAGGCUAUGUGAGCAAGGUGAUUCCGCAUGUUGGCCUGAAUGUUGAGCUUCCCUUUGAAAGGAAGGGGAAAGUCAGCCUUUUCCACCUGAGUGAUUCAUAUGCUGAGCAGCCACUAGAAAUGUUCAGCAUUGGGAAAAUUGUCAGGUAAGAGUCUUAUGCAAAAUCAUGUCUGUAGACAAGCUGAGGGAAUUUUAUUUGACAGUCAUUUAACCCUAAAUCCUUCCUGGUCUAGAGCUUCAUUGGUUCUUUUAGAUCCUUAAUGCCUUCAUGAAGCCCAUGACCAAGAGCAGUUAUCACAUAACUAAUUUAAUCCCAAUAUUUUCUGUGGGGAGGGUCUUUUCGAAACGUUCAAAAGUUCCAUGUUUUCUUUUUCCUGCAUACAGGUGCUAUAUCCUUUCCAGUGAAGGUAAAAAAAUGGAAGUGUCCCUUCGACAAUCCAGGUAAGGAUCUACACUCUAAAUUUAGAUGGGGAGAAGAUUAAAUAAUAAUAAUGAUGAUAAUAAUUAAUAAUAGAAAAUACUCUAUAUCCUAUUGCACAGGUUUUCAAAAUUAGCAUAAAUUGCCCUGCUAUUUGGGACAUAGGAAGAGGGAACCUAACAUUUGGGCCUAAAGUGCAACUACAAAAUUUUGGAUGGAUUCUGCAAAGCAGAUAAAUGGAUUCUGCAAAGCAGAUAAAUAUGUGUCCUUUGAUUCGUUUGCUAAAGUUGCUUGCUGUUUUUGAGUUCUUGAAUUUUUUUUUUAGGAUACUGUGGUUUCUUGUUUGUUCUUGACUUUUUUGUUUCCAGUUCUUAAGAACAGGGGAAGUAAAGAAAUCCCACUAGGACUUCUACUUCGUUCAUUGCUUUCUAAGCUCUAAGCUUUUCGAGGGCAGCUAGAGCUCUACUUUUCUUUAUUAACAAAGUGGAGAUAGAAGUUGUCAGCAUUUCAAAACCCUCGCAUAUGUUGCAAUAGUUUCUGUACUAUGGAUAUGGAGAUCUUUUUACUAUAUUGUCAGGAUUUUCCGCUUUGCAGUCACCAGAAGUGUCCUUUCUAAUAAAGAAGCCUAUCCAGAAAUAGGGCAUUUCACUACUUCUCCAUUUUUGUUAUAGGAUAAAUCCCAAGAGUCAUUGUAAAGUGGAAGACCCUGAAAUCACAUCCCUCGAUGAUCUUCAGAAUGGUCAGCUUGUCAGAGGCUAUGUCAAAUCCAUCACUCCAUCAGGCAUCUUCUUUGGGUAAGUUUCCCUUGCUGACCAUAAAAAAGCGAAUUCCACGUUGUGAAUUUUUGUUGGAAGGGUGUCUAAAUAAAUUGUAGAGCAGUUUGGAGCCUAUAGUUCUAGAAGUCAGGAAUGGCCAGUUGUUCCAUCUCAGAGCAACUUUACCUAACCCUGAACAAUCUGAAUAAAUUUUAAUCAAUGAGGGGUGGGGUGGAGUUUGUCCACCAUUUCACUUAUAACAUUUUUCUUUUAAGAAAUAAAGCUGGUCUGCAAUAGGAGCAAAAUAAACCUGUGUUACUAUAUGCCACUAUCUUUUUUCCCCCUUGGCAGGUUGUCUGACUCGGUUGUGGGUCAAAUCCCACCACAAUUUAUCUCUCCUCUCUUCGUCUCGGAUCAUUCAUUGUGUGCAAAAUACAUACAUGCCGGCCAGUUUCUUACUGCCAAGGUUUUCAGGUAGGUGUGAUGUUUCCUAACAGAGGGGUGAAUCUGGGAUGGAAAAUAUUGCGGAGACACAUGAGGACAUUAUGGUUCACAGGACAACAGAGACCAGAGUUCAGAUAUCACAACAGUUGUGGGCUAACAGGUGGUAUUGGGGAAAGCAUUUCUAUAUUUUCCUCUGCUCGCUGUCUUAUGAAAUGGAAAUUAUAAUGACUACCAUAGAGUGCUGGUGUGAUGCUCAACAAGUUGAAUAAUGUUAAAGCCUGUGUUACUAUUAAGAAAGUACUGUGUAGAUUUAAUGUUUAUAGCAAUUCCUUAUCUCUCCUGCCACUUUCUUUCUGCCCCUUCUCUUUUACUCAUUCUGCAGUAUAAAUAAAGAAAAGAACCUUGCAGAGCUCUCUCUCCUUCCUGAAGACACUGGGAAGCCAAGCAUUAUCCCAGAGUCCCUGGAACUGCCAGUUGGUGAAAAGGACGUGCAGCCAAGAAAGCGAAAAAGGGGAAACUCUGAAAGUGAGCAGGUAUUUAUCCUGGAAAAGGGGGUUUUAACCCCACUGUUGAUGUGAACAGUUAUCCAACGAUGCAAACAAACUACACACACAAAAAUGUUAAUUUUUUUUUUUUAAUUAAGUUGCGCUACCUGAACUUUUUUUAGGAGGUUAAAGCACGAAAGAAGAAAACUCGUUGCCCUGAAGAUGAUGAUAGUGGUGUUGAGGUCUACUAUCGGGAAGAAGAGGAGGGAGAAGAGAAGAAGUGUGCAACAAAAUCUAAGGUAAAAGACUGCCUGGAGCAUUGUUCGUGCUUUGUGUGGGAUGCUUGCUGUGUGUGUUUCUAAAUAGAGGCUUUUUUCUUGAUUGUGUUUUCUGCAGGAAAAGAAAGUUCCAAGGCUGCAGGUUUCAGCCAGCUUUACAUGGGAGGAAGGCUUAAGUGUGCUGGAUACGACCAUGUUGAACCAGAGGGAGCAAAGCUCUGACAGCGAAGAAGACGACGAUGAUCUUACAGAGUCCACGGUAGAGUAUCUCAAUGUAUUUUGCUUUGCAUAGUGCUUGGUAUGCAAUCCUGUUUACUUAGGCCUCUUAAGAGAAGUACUAUCUUGCUGGCCUAGAAAGUACAAAGGCAGUGUUUUGCUUCUAAAAUUAGCCUAGCUCUAUGUCAGGAAUUAAUUUGUGCAAAAGGCCUUUUGUGUUUUAGGCUUGCAUCUGGGAUUCAUUGAUCACUUAUUUAGAUAUACCUUUGUCUAUAGAGACUAUCCGUAUAUAGUUCCUUUUCUCUAGAUGUGUUGCUCUGAAAAGAAUGUUUUUGUAUAUGCAGCUGAAUUUUGAGCCAUGCCCCUACUCGCAAAACUCUCUAUCCUUUUCAACUAAUUGGCUUCCUCUCCUGUCUUGGCCCUCUGUUUAAGACCAAGAAGCAGACAAAGAAAAAAAAAGAGCUCGAGAAGCAGAAGGCAGAGAAGGAACUUUCCAAACUUGAAGCUGCCCUGAUGGAUCCCAGCCGGCAACCUCAGACAGCCGACGACUUUGACCGAUUGCUCCUUGGCAACCCAGACAGCUCCAUCCUCUGGUUGCAGUACAUGGCUUUUCACCUUCAGGCUACGGAGAUAGAGAAAGCAAGAGCUGUGGCAGAAAGGGCACUCAAAACCAUCUCCUUUAGGUGAACUGCUUCCCCUUAUCAUCCAUUUUUAGCUUUUAGUUGAUGAGCUGCUAUUGCCCAUGCAUGCUUAGCUUGGCUUUAUCUUGUGGGAGGGGCACCUGCAGAACAAAGUGGACAGUUCUAUUACUUUCUCUCCCCUCCCUUCACAGACAUUGUCCAGUCAGAUCUCCUGCUUUCUCUUCCAGGAGGAUUUGUUGAGCAAAAGGCGAGCAUUGAGCCAUGUGUAGGUAGGGUGGUUAUUUGUGGUCCCUCUUUCUUUCAGAGAGGAGCAAGAGAAGCUGAAUGUGUGGGUUGCACUGCUGAACCUGGAGAACAUGUAUGGCACCGAGGAAGCUCUAAUGAAAGUCUUUGAAAGAGCCAUCCAGUACAACGAGCCUCUGAAGGUCUUCCAGCAGCUGGCAGACAUCUACAGUGGCUCUGAGAAAUAUAAGGUGAGGCUGGGUUUACAGUGUUGCCGAGAGAAAGAUCACUUCUGCUCACUGAGUCUGGCAGGGAAAUUGCUUGUUCAUUCUGUUUUUGGGAAGAGCCCACCGUGGUUGAUCCACCUGGAUCCUGCGCUUCCAUCUACCCUGUGGAUUUAUCAUGCUGUGGAUUUUUCCUUCAUUUUGGACAAGCAUCAGGCUGAUUUCCCUACAUUCCUCUUUUUCAUCUAAGCAGUACCACCACAUUGCCUCUUGCUCUAGCUUGUUGGCAGCAUAAUAUUCUCUGGGGCCCAUGAGUUGGGUUCUGUACUCCAAGAUACAUACAGUUGUGAAUAGCAUACAAAGGCAGGGGAGAACCACAGGAUUCAAAGUGUGUUUCCAUGGUUUGAACAAUCCUCUCUCCUCUGAUUUUUAUUUUCAGCAAGCUGAUGACUUGUACAACACAAUGCUGAAGCGCUUUCGUCAAGAAAAGUCUGUGUGGGUGAAGUACGCCACUUUUCUCCUGAAAAGAGGCUUGGUGGAGGCAGCUCAUAAGCUCCUCCCACGUGCACUGAAGUGCCUGCCAGUCAAAGAACGUAAGAACCACUUUGCUCUUCUUUCCUAUGAUUAGCAUCUAAAUGUCAUGUUGGUUAUUUAUGCAUUACACAGGUAAUAUCUAGGAAAUGCAGCAUGUGCUGUGAAUCUAAAAAUAUCCAUAGCCAUUGUUAGCAAAUUCUCUUUCAAUAAUUUUAUUGGUACUUUCCUUUUUUAAAAAAAACUUUUCAAAGUUAAUCAGUUAGGGAUUGGGGGGUGGAGCUUGUUCUGAUUGGGGAGAUUUCAAAGUUAAUAUAAAGGACUGUGUAUAUUCCUGGAUGCUGCAGUUUUACCAAUGGCUUGAGAAAUUCAGACAGGAUUUUCAUGGCCUAGAUUGAAUGCAAAAUACCCUUUUGCAUUGAUUGCAUAAUUUCAUUUCUUUCCCUCCCGAUGCACUGAAGCAAACCCAAACAAUAAAAAAAUUGCCAACACAAUGAACAAUGCACAUUUUAUGAAACACGGGGGCGGGUGUUUCAUAAUUUUAGCUUUGUUGCCUACUCUGGGAAUUUGGUAGCAUGGAACCCCAAUUCCUUGCUAAUAUUAUUGCCAAAGUAACUACAGCAUCCUUGAACUCUAAGCAGAGGCAGUGACGACUAGCCAGAAGAACACUUCUAAAAUGCACUUUUGCAGAUCUGGAUCUGAUAUCAAAGCUGGCACAGCUGGAGUUCCAGUUUGGUGAUCUGGAGUAUGGCAAGACCGUUUUUGAGAAUACCCUGAGCACCUACCCGAAGCGUACAGACAUCUGGUCAGUGUACAUAGACAUGAUGAUCAAACAUGGCAGCCAAAAGGAAGUACGGUGAGUACUAGUAUGGGAAAGUGGGCUGGUACUUCUGAACUUCCUAGGAAAUGAUGUAAAUACAACAUAAGGGAUGCUUCUUGGCCUUAAAUCCAGGGAAGCUGGGAAGCUUGAUUUCAUGUGAGCAAAUAUUUACAACUCUGAAAGGUGCCGCAGGAAGUGAAGCAUUAGGAACCUGUAUUAGGCCUGCUAUUUACUAGAGGAACCCAUUGGCUUUCUUUCUCAAUACUUUCCCUUCUCUCAGCCUGGAAGCUGAGAGUCUAGCAUGAGAACCUUCAUACUCAUAGGCCAUGAUUCCCAGUUUUCAGAAAAGGCACAAAAUGUAUGUAAAUUUUAAUUGCAAUCUGGUAAAAAAAUAUACUGCUCCAUAGCACAGAAAUUUAAAGAACUUGCUGGUAUGAAAACUGAGGUGUGGGGCAUGUGGCUUCAGAGCAACACCAUAUGAUUUUUGUUAACAGUCAUGGGAAUUGCAGAGAGCCUGUCCUUGAAGCAUGACUGAUUACACCUUUCUGCUCUCUCUUCCAAGUUUCUAGAAAUCUAUUUCCCUUUUCAGUAGCAAAACAGCCCUUAAAAGGCCCCAACACUACUUACUCUCUAACAAGAGAAGAAGCAAAGGAUUUGUGUCUCUUACCAAUUCUAGUAAAUCAGUUUUGCGUCAUAACAUCCUAGCUGAGUUUACAUGUAAUGGGAAUUCAUAGAACUCCACUAUGUGGGUGAGCCUUAGCUUGUUCUCUUAGCAGAAAACCAUAGUUUUCUGUUGAGCCCCGGUUGCUGCAGGCGUGCUCUUAGACUAGAAAUAUUCUCACUUCUCAGGCUAGGGGUCCCCUGCCAUGCUUGUAAAGAGCAACUGAGAUGUGCUUGACAUUUGACAGAGCAGGAUUUCUCAAUGAGGGUGAUAUACCCCUCCAAGCAUGUGUGUACUGAACACUGCAGGAAAACACACAAGUGAAACUUGUUCUAGUUUCAGAAGCUCUGUGACCAGAUCCUUGUAGAUGCUAGGAAUCUGAAAGCUCUGUGAUUGAACACAAUGUCUGAAUUUUCUGGAAACACAUGUGGUAGUCACUUCCUGUCUUCUAGGCAUCAUUUUGAUAAAGCGCUUAUGAUGGGCAAGAAAGAUUUGUACCCACAGGAUCAGCUAACUCCUAGGCCCAUGCUUUUUCUGUUGCUUGUUUGUUACCUGUUUGAUUGCAUAAUAAAAAAGAGUUUUCCUUGUUUUUGUUUUGCAGGGAUAUUUUUGACCGUGUAAUACACCUAAGCCUAGCAGCGAAGAAGAUGAAGUUUUUCUUUAAGCGCUAUCUGGAAUACGAGAAGAAGUAUGGCACAGCAGAAACAGUCCAGGCUGUGAAGGCAGCAGCACUGGAAUAUGUGGAAUCCAAGAGCAGUCUUGCUUGAGGGCUAACUUCUAGAGCAGUCAGGCUUUUUUUGUUCUCACUUGCAGUGCAAGAUGCAGCAGGGACAGAGAAGCAGACCAUAGCUGUAAGGAGGAGAGUGUUUCUGCCUGCUCCAUUUCCUGAUCUCAAAAGCAGAUUGGGUUAGCCUGGACCAAAUUACUAUGCUUUAUCGAGAACUGUGUGAGAGCAUAGUUUCUGUAGAUGUUUAUACCUAUUGAACCUUACAAAAACUUUUGAAUAUGAGAAUUAUAGUUGGAGCUUUAUUUAAAUUUAUUUUGGAGUAUAAAAAUAGCAGAAAGUCACCCACUACUUUGUGCUUUCUUGUUGCUCUGCUCAUUAAAUGAACCAGGGUUUUUUAAA